CCGCCAGGGGGUGGGUCUAGGCGCAGCUCCAACAUUUCCAAGUUGCCGGCGCCCCCCCCUGCAGUGACCAGGGAGCCACCGAGCUUCAGUAACCCUAGACGAAGCUCCGCGAUCCCAGUGCCUGGUUCGCCGAACGAGGUGGGCAGACGGCUCGGGAUCAUGACUAGAGCUGGCAUGGAGCGGUGGCGCGACCGGCUGGCACUGGUGACGGGAGCCUCGGGGGGCAUCGGUGCGGCCGUGGCCCGGGCAUUAGUCCAGCAGGGACUGAAGGUUGUGGGUUGUGCCCGCACCGUUGGCAACAUCGAGGAGCUGGCUGCUGAAUGUAAGAGUGCAGGCUACCCCGGGACUUUGAUCCCCUACAGAUGUGACCUGUCCAAUGAGGAGGACAUCCUCUCCAUGUUCUCAGCCGUCCGAUCCCAGCACAGUGGCGUGGAUAUCUGCAUCAACAACGCCGGCAUGGCCCGGCCCGACACCCUGCUCUCGGGCAGCACCAGCGGAUGGAAGGACAUGUUCAAUGUGAAUGUGCUGGCCCUCAGCAUCUGCACGCGGGAAGCUUACCAGUCCAUGAAGGAGAGGAAUGUAGACGACGGGCACAUCAUUAACAUCAACAGCAUGUGUGGCCACCGAGUCCCACCCAAGUCUGUGAUCCAUUUCUAUAGUGCGACUAAGUAUGCCGUCACUGCACUGACAGAGGGACUAAGGCAAGAGCUUCUGGAGGCCCAGACCCAUAUCCGGGCCACGUGUAUCUCUCCAGGCUUGGUGGAGACACAGUUUGCCUUCAAACUCUAUGACAAGGACCCUGGGGAAGCAGCUGCCACCUAUGAACACAUAAAGUGUCUCAGACCAGAGGACGUGGCCGAGGCUGUCCUCUACGUCCUCAGCACGCCCCCACAUGUUCAGGUUGGUGACAUCCAGAUGAGGCCCACAGAGCAGGUGACCUAGUGUUCUGUGGGGCGCUCCUACCUUCCCCACCCUCCAUGGCUUGCCUCCUGCCUCCGGAUUUUAGGUGUUGAUUUCUGGACCCUGGAUCUUACUUUCUGUAUCCACUCCACUAAGGGGUAGACAAAUCCGUCAGAUUAUUCCCAUGUGAAAAAAAUGGGCUGGGGAGAGAAGAUAUAAUCUCGACUGUUGUAUCUAACUUCUUCUGACUCCCCCUCUUGGGGUUCCUUAACCUUUGCUCUCCUAUGCCUCUUCCUUUUGACCUAGGAAAGGGAUGUGGCUAAAAGGGGUGUUGCUCUAUCCUCUUGUGCCCCACCCCCUGCCCCUUAGGGUUGGAGCAGCAAAGACCUCAUCUUUUACCUGUGUGGUUGUCCAGGGCUCCAGGCUCCCCUCCCCCUUCCCAUCCCCCCCCCCCCAGCUCUCCAGCCAAGUUUUGGCCCUUACCCUGGGGUCCUCACUGCACUCUGAACACAGCUACAGAGUAUCAGGGUCUGUCUCCUACUACAUUUCACCACAACAAUUAAAGAGAAAGAUUGCAACCUA